CGGAGCGGUUGCGCUGAGGCAAUCGUUAGAGAGAAGUUCAGAAAUGAUUCAGCAGUCACGGUGAGGCAUGAUGGUGCUGCUUUAGAUGGCUUGAGCUCUGGUACCGCGGGGUUUCCCUCUCACAUCAGCGCGUGUGGUUAUGACUUAACCCUUCGUUUCACAUGGCAGCCUUGAGCUUCACAAACGACGGGAAAGUACUGCAAGUUGAAUUGAAUUGAUUGGGGUGCUCCAUCCUGCUGCAUCCAUGAGCGUGCUGCUGGUGGAGGCUUUCUACGGCGGCUCUCACAAGCAGCUGAUGGACCUUCUUCAGGAGGGCAUAGAUGACUGUGUGGUUUACACGCUACCUGCUAAGAAAUGGCACUGGAGGGCCAGAACAGCAGCGCUGCACUUCAUGCAGGCUAUCCCAAGCAGCCAGUCGUACAGGAUUCUCUUCACGAGCUCCGUGCUCAACCUCGCCGAACUGGCGGCCCUGCGUCCAGACCUCAGCGCUCUGAAGAAGAUCCUCUACUUUCACGAAAACCAGUUGAUUUACCCAGUCCGCAAAAGCCAAGACCGAGACUUCCAGUAUGGCUACAACCAGAUCCUUUCAUGUUUGGUAGCGGAUGCGGUCCUGUUUAACUCCGCGUUCAACAUGGACUCGUUCCUGUCCUCCAUCUCCAGCUUUCUGAAGACGAUGCCCGAUCACCGACCCAAAGGCCUGGAGCAACUCAUCCGGCCCAAAUGCCGUGUCCUUUACUUCCCCAUCCGCUUCCCGGAUGUCACAAGAUUUCUGCCUGAACACAAGCUCCUGCUCAGACAAGCCCAGCCUCAGCGUAAUAUCAGCUCACAAGAUUCCAGAAAGUAUCCUGAAACAGCAGCAGCGAGCUCUACAACGUCUCGGACUGAGAAGGAACAAAGAAGCGAGUCUGAUGCAGAAGAGCUGGAGCAUCGAUUAGUGUCCAAGUGGAGCUCUGAUCCAGAAAGAGGAAUGCCGCGGCCCCUGCACAUCGUCUGGCCCCAUCGUUGGGAACACGACAAAGACCCUGAGCUGUUCUUCCAGACUUUGCUCAAGCUGAGAGAGCGAGAGCUGAGCUUUGAAGUGUCCGUCCUCGGGGAAACAUUUACCGAAGUACCAGGCAUCUUCUCCGAGGCUAAGGAACAGUUGGCUCGCCACAUCCGCCACUGGGGUUUCAUGCCCAGUAAGGAGGACUACCUCAGAACGCUGUGCCAAGCAGAUGUUGUCGUUUCCACGGCCAAGCACGAGUUCUUCGGCGUGGCCAUGUUGGAAGCAGUGCAUUGUGGUUGCUACCCACUGUGUCCAAAGGCUCUUGUCUACCCAGAAAUAUUUCCUGGUUCAUAUCUGUACUCAACACCUGAGCAACUUUUUAAGAGACUUCAGGGUUUCUGUAAGCAUCCUCAUUUAGCCAGACAACAUGUUCUUCAGGUGAACACGGGAAGGUUUUCCUGGGAUGCUUUGGGACAGGAGUACAGAUCGCUGUUGGCAACAGGUUCCAGGAACAUGACGUCAUGACAGAUGUGCGCAUCUUCAAAGUUCGAUACGAACCUCAAUCGGGACUGACCAGUGUUGGAGUCGAGUCACGAAACCUGGAGUCCGAGUCCAGUCUCGAGUCCCCAGUGUUCAAGUCUGAGUCAUUAAAGAAAAUUUCGAGUCGAGUCCAAGACUCCGACCGCACCGUUUGACGGCGGCUGUUUUAGCGCCAUUAAAAACAUGACGUAUGAACA